AGUACAUUGAAUGCAUUAAAUCUUAGCGGCAGUUUCGAAUCCUCUAGCUUCCAUUUCUAUGAUUGGUUGGGACCAUUCAAAUCAAAAAAUCAAAUCUUUAUUAUACAAGUUAACAAGUUAAUUAGUGCAUAUAUUUUGAACAAUGGCCAAAGAUUUAUUCGCAGUAUUGCGGCAGAAUAAUGAACUGCCAAAUCUUCCACCUGAAACAGAAGAACCCGUUAUAGUAGAAAGUAGUUCUCAGAUAGACAGUUUCUUCACUGAAAUCGAGUGGAUUCGAAGAGAGAUUGAAAAGAUUCGGAUAGAAAUCGGUCAGGUUAAAACUAAACAUGGUGAAAUUCUAUCAGCACUCCAACAAAAUCCAAAAACUAAAGCACAAUUAGAGGAACUUAAUGAAAAUAUUAAAAAAUCAGCUAGUCAAGUUUGUGUUAAACUCAAAGCACUGGAACAAACAGUCAAAGUACAAGAAGGUAAGGAUGAUGCAUCAGCUGAUCUACGCAUUCGUAAAACUCAGCACAAUACAAUGGUUCGAUCAUUCAUGAAUGUUAUGCAAGAGUAUAAUAAAGCUCAAACAGAUUUUCGUGAUGCUAGCAAAGCUCGUAUCAAACGACAGAUUGAGAUAUCUCGACGAUCAGUUACAGAUGAAGAAUUGGAAGAUAUGCUCGAGUCUGGAAAUCCACAGAUUUUUACUCAAGGUAUCUUAACAGAUACUCAACAAGCACGCCAAAAUCUCGCAGACAUUCAAGCACGUCAUAUGGAUAUUAUUAAUUUGGAGAAGAGUAUCCGAGAGUUACAUGAACUAUUUUUAGACAUGGCUUCCUUAGUUGAAACACAGGGCGAACUGAUUGAUCGAAUCGAUGUCAAUGUAAAACAAACACAAGAUUAUGUUGCAGAAGCACGACAAGAAACUAAAAAAGCAGUCGUGUAUAAGAAAAAAUCUCGAAAGAAAAAAUUCAUUAUUAUUGGAGUGUGUUGUGGUGUUGUAGCCAUUAUUAUUAUCAUUAUUGUGGCUACAGUUGUGCCUAGAAGAUGAAUGAUGAAAGUCACAGUCAAUCGAUCAGUUAACCAUCUAACUAACCGACCAACCAACCAACCAAUUCAGACGUAGAAGAAGAUAAAGAAGUGAAAUAUUCUCACACUGUCUCCUCUGUCUCACCGUGUUGUUGAUUUAUUUUUUCAGCACCUUUUUUCAUAGAAGUUUCUUUUUUUCUAUUUUGUUCAUUAUAUCUUUCUAUCUAUCCGUGUUCACAUACAUAUCUUUCUUGUAUAUGCGUUCAAAUCAGGUUGUGCCUAGGGUUGUUUUUUUUCUUCUUAAACUAAACCGACACUUAUUCAUCAUGCAUAUCAUGAGGUGGAGAGAGAGAGGGUGAGAGACAAAGAGAGUUGUUAAGCCUAAUUGAUGGAAAGACAAUCAAAGUAGAAUCCGGUUAUUCUUCUGUUUUUUUCUCUUCUGUGUUUUUACAUUAUUCUUUCUUUCGCAACCAAUAACAAAUGUGAUUGUGGAAAAUCGAUUUCAUCCUCUCUUGUUUUUUUUUUUCGGUAUUGAUUAUCAAUCAAUUUUGUGGUGAUCUCCUUGUUUGUUUGUUGCUUUUAUAUCGUCAGUCAUCCUCUCUAAGCUUGAUCAUUAUUAUGAUUAUUGUUAUAAUUAGAUUAUUAAUCAAGCCAUCGGAGAGUUGAUUAAACUCUUUUUCUUGAUCAGGGUACUUAUCCUACUUAUAUAUAUAUAUAUACAUAUAUAUAUAUAUAUAUAGGUAGGUCGUAGGUCUACAUCGAAAUCGUCUGUACUGACUGAUUACUGCUGCUGCCCCUGUUCUGGGUGCUCCUAGAACGACAUUAGGUGUCUACUACCUAUUUUAAUUCCUCUUAAUUUCUCUUCUCAUAUAUAUACAUGUGUUCCUUUUGAUAUCACUUUUCAAUAUGUAUUUAUCAUUCAGCAAUCAAAGAUCUGAUACUAAUCGAAUAAUAAAUAAAUAGUAUAAUGCUCAAUUAUGCGUGAUAAUGAAAACAUUGGUCAUCACUGUGAUUUUAAUUAGCUUUUGUACAUAUAUACACCCAUACAUACAUAUCUUAAACACACGUGUAAUGUAUGCAGAAAGUGGUGUCUUCUUUUCUCCUAAUUUGUAACUUUUGUUGUUUGUU